UGAGACGAGUCCGAGUCCGGAAAGGAACCUAUCCUACUUUUCCGAAAAAGGGGGGAAAAAGCCGGGCUGCGAGCAUGGCGGUCGAAGAAGAAGGUCUUCGAGUUUUCCAGAGCGUCAAAAUAAAAAUAGGAGAGGCCAAAAACAUCCCACCCUACCCGGGGCCGAACAGAAUGAGAGACUGUUACUGUACAGUGAACCUGGACCAGGAGGAAGUCUUCAGAACCAAAAUCAUAGAAAAAUCGUUAUGCCCGUUCUAUGGUGAAGACUUCUAUUGUGAAAUUCCACGCAGCUUUCGCCACCUCUCCUUCUACAUCUUCGACAGGGACGUCUUCAGGAGGGACUCCAGCAUCGGCAAGGUGGCGGUAAAAAAGGAGGACCUGCAGAAAUACAACGGCAAAGACACCUGGUUCCAGCUGCAGCCCGUCUGCGCAGACUCCGAAGUACAGGGAAAGGUUCACCUGGAGCUGCGCCUGAGUGAGGUAAUCACGGACAGCGGAGUCGUCUGCCACAAGCUGGCAACUCGAGUGAUGGAGUGCCAAGACCUGCCAAUUGUUAAUGGACAGUGUGACCCUUACGCUGCAGUCUCUUUACUUGGACCAUCCAGGUCAGAAGCCAAAAAGACCAAGGUGAAACGGAAAACCACCAACCCUCAGUACGACGAAGUCUUCUACUUUGAGAUCACCAGACCACUUAAUUACGCCAAGCGGCAGUUUGAUGUGGAGGAGGAGGACGUGGAUAAGCUAGCUCUCAGGGUUGACUUGUGGAACGCCAGUAACCUGAAGUUUGGGGAUGAGUUUUUAGGAGGUGUACGAGUGCCACUGAAGGUUUUGGGCCAGGAGGGCAUUCAUGAUGCAUGGUACUUUCUUCAGCCCAGGGACAACGGCAAGUCAGUGAAGGCAGACGAGCUGGGCUCAUUACGGCUGAACGUAGUUUACACAGAGGACCACGUGUUUCCUUCAGAGUCCUACAGUCCCCUCACUGACCUGCUGCUGCAGUCUGCAAACACAGAGCCGGUCUCAGCAUCAGCGGCCCACAUCCUUGGAGAAGUGUGCCGGGAGAAGCAGGAAGCCGCCGUCCCGCUGGUGCGCCUCUUUCUGCACUUUGGAAAAAUCGUGCCUUUCAUCAGUGCAAUCGCCAAGGCAGAGGUUAACCGAACGCAGGAUCCCAACACGAUAUUCCGGGGCAACUCACUAACAUCCAAAUGCAUCGACGAGACCAUGAAGCUAGCAGGAAUGCACUAUCUCCAGGUCACACUCAAACCCAUUAUUGACGAGAUCUGCACUGACCACAAGCCUUGUGAAAUCGAUCCAGUGAAGCUGAAAGAAUCUGAGAAUCUCGAGACCAACAGGGAGAACUUGCGGCAGUACGUAGAUCGCAUCUUCAACGUCAUCACCACCUCUGGCGUCAGAUGCCCUACCGUCAUGUGCGACAUCUUCUUCUCGCUGCGAGAGUCUGCCGCCACACGUUUCCAAGUAGACCAGGAUGUGAGAUACACAGCAGUCAGUAGUUUUAUUUUCUUGCGCUUCUUCGCCCCAGCGAUCCUCUCACCAAACCUUUUCCAGCUCAGGCCGCAUCAUCCGGAUCCCUGCACAUCACGGACUCUGACGCUCAUCUCCAAAACCAUCCAAACUUUGGGAAGCCUCGCCAAGUCUAAAUCUGCCAAUUUUAAAGAGUCAUACAUGGCUGCCUUCUACGAUUAUUUUAACGAGCAGAAAUAUGCAGAUGCUGUGAAAAAUUUUCUAGAUCUGAUUUCAUCAUCUGGAAGGUGGGACCAGAAGAACAUAGAGACACCGAUCAUGUUAAAGGAAGGAUUUAUGAUCAAAAGAGCACAGGGAAGGAAACGCUUUGGCAUGAAGAAUUUUAAGAAGAGAUGGUUUCGCCUCACAAACCACGAGUUCACCUACCACAGAACCAAAGGUGAAAAUCCUCUGUGUAGGAUCCCUAUUGAGAACAUCCUGGCUGUGGAGAGAUUAGAGGAGGAGUCUUUUAAGAUGAAGAAUAUGUUUCAGGUAAUCCAGCCGGAGCGGGCGCUCUACAUACAGGCCAACAACUGUGUGGAGGCCCGAGACUGGAUCGACAUCCUGACUAAAGUUAGUCAGUGUAACCGCAAGCGUCUAAGCACCUACCAUCCAUCAGCCUACCUCAACGGCCACUGGCUCUGCUGCAAGCAAGCUAUCGAUUCGGCCCCGGGAUGCACACCCUGCACUGGUGGCCUGCCUGCAAACAUCCAGCUCGACAUCGACGGAGAUCGAGAGACCGAGCGAAUCUACUCGCUGUUCAGCACGUACAUGUCCAAGCUGGUUAAGAUGCAAGAGGCGUGCGGCAGUAGGUCUGUUUACGACGGGCCUGAGCAGGAGGAGUACUCCACCUUCGUCAUAGACGACCCACAGGAGACCUACAAAAUCCUCAAGCAGGUGGUAACGAGCGUGCAGGAACUGGAGGAGCAGCAUGCACAGUACAAGCGUGAAAAGUUCCGAAAGACCAAGUAUGGUAGUCAGGAGCAUCCAAUCGGUGACAAGAGCUUCCAGUGCUACAUCCGCCAGCAAUCAGAGAGCUCCACCUACUCCAUCUGACUUCACCCACAAUGCCUUUCUUCCACACGGACCACGAGCUGCGACUGAAGGGAAGAAACUGAGCGACAAGUGCGAGAUCGAGCGAGAAAUUCACGCUCGAAUCGAAUCGACAGCUUCUCCCAGAACUGUCUGCACUUUAA